UACCGUCGAUUGCUAACAACACGCUCGUCAUGAGCUUGACAGUUAACCUCAACCUACGCAUAACGUUUUAGGAGAACCUGGAAAUAUAGGCGCAGUUCAAUUGUUGGAGUGUUCAAGGUCGUUGCGGUCAACUACUAUGAUUGGCAACAAGUUCUUCUUAGAGGUCAAACGGUUUAUUUCUAGCUAGCUGCCCAAGCUAAGUCGCUAGCUGUGUGUUAGCCUGCUAGCUCGCUCUUUUCCGGAUAACAACACUGGGAAUUAAAAUAAGGGAUGGUGCAGCCCCAACCUGAUGGUCCACUGCAGUGGGACAUGUCAGGAGAGGACAGUGGGGGGGCCCUCAGGGUCCCACCUGAGCUGGCGGCCAAUGAAGUGGUGACCCGGUUGCUCGGGGACAAUCAGCAGCUCAGAGAGGCCUUGCGGCGGAGCAACCUCGCCCUGCGUCAGCGCUGUGAAGAGAUGGAGAGUUGGCAGCGAAAGACAAGGGAGGACAGAGAGUUUCUUAGCUGUCGUUUCCAGGAGGCCAGGGCCCUGGUGGAGAGGUUGGCCCAGGAGAACUACUCCUUACAGAGCCUGGUGAACGGAUCAGCCUCCUUAUCUAACUGCUGUAGCUCCAGUCAGACUGAAAGUCCUUGUCCAACCAAGAAUGGGCCUACAGAUGCAUCACAGACCCUGGAUCAGCGGGACCAGAAGAGAGCAGAAGAGGCCGAUCAGCACACACAGACAACUCCGCCUCGCAGCUUGACACUGAACAACCACAAAGAAAAGCUGGAAGAAGGCAUGCAAGAGCUUCAAAAGAAGAAAGAGGAGCUGGAGAGGGAGAGGGACGAGGGCGAGAAAGUCCGAGAGCGAAUGCGUCGCUGCAUUGACCAGCUGUGGGCCAAACUGGCCCAGGCGCAGGCCAGCAAUGCUACUGAGGAGGCUGGUCAACAUCGCUCUGAGGCCCAGCACUCAUCUGACUGCUCUAGCCUGGCUAAACUCACAGAGCAGCUUCAGGCCACACAGGGCAGGUAUCGUGAGCUGGAGGAGAAGCUUGACUACCUGCAGAAGAGUUCUGCUCAGCGUGACAGAACCGAGGCUCUUCUCAAGCAAAAAGACAAGGACUGUGAGGCUCUCAAAGCUCAGGCGACGUCUCUCUUAGCAGAAUUAAAAGAGAGGCAGAGCUGCCUGGACAAAAGCGAGCAUGAACGCAAAAUGCUGGAGGAAAAACUGUGUAGUAAGGUGAAAGCCCUGCAGGUGGCAGAGCAAGAACUGGAGCAGCAGCGCAGUCAACAUCACGUGAACAUGGACAAGCUUCUGUUGCAGAUUCAGAGCUUGGAGCAAGCCCUGAAAGCAGAGAGACAUGUUGUCACUGAGGAAAAGAAAAAACUGACCCAGCUUCAGCACGCCUACACGUGUCUCUUUAAAGACCACGAUUCUAAAAUGAAAAGCGAGGGGGAUUUGUACAGCCGACUGGAAGACGCAGAGAGAGCGCUGGCUCUGAAGCAGGACCUGAUUGACAAACUGAAAGAGGAGGCGGAGCAACAAAAAGGCUCACUGGAGACCGUUCCAGUCCUCACCGCGCAGGCUGAGAUCUACAAGGCAGACUUCCUGGCAGAACGAGAAGCAAGAGAGAAGCUGAACCAGAAAAAAGAGGAGCUGCAGGAUCAGCUAACGCAGACUUUGGCUGAGCUUGACAGGCACAAACAAGAAGCCACAUCCCGGGCACGCAUGGAGCAAAUGAAGCUGAGACACCAGGAGGACUUUCCGGCACGGGUCCCACAUAUUCCAGCUCCACUAGGUGUAUUUUCAGUUGGAGCUUUCAACACGGCACCCCCGCCGUCGUACCGCAACCAAGGCCCGGGGCAGGUCGGUGAUCAUGGAGCAGCAGGAGUUGAGGAGCUGCCAGACUUCCGUUGUCCCAAGUGCCAGUACCAGGCUCCAGAUAUGGACACGCUGCAAAUCCACGUCAUGGACUGCAUACAGUAACAGAGUCCCUCAUACACACACAUUGAACAGCCAUACCGCUAUGAUCUCGUAAGGGCGAAUGGAAUAACACAUCAGUGGGUGAGACUUUGACACGUGGGCUUCCUCAAAGUUGACAUAUGCAGGAGCUGCCGAAAGAUAUUUGGAGAAGGACAACCGGUCAACCGAUGGGGUAAUUUGUUGGAAGUAAAGUCGAACCUUAGUCGUCAGUUUGCCAUGUAGCUGCAGGUCAGUUAGUGUGUCCAUGUGCAGGAGAUCCAAAGUGCCUACAACAGGACCAUGGAACAAUGUUGGCAUUAGUCUCGGCUUUUUUUCUUGCAAACCGUUGGUACGGGCAGUGUGAUACUUUUGAAAAAUGUUCUACUGGGUUUUUACGAUUGUUGUUUGACGCUUAGAAAUGAUUGCAGACCAUGUACGUACAUUCUUCCAUGGAGACAGUAUCACUUGGUGACUGUUGCAACAGAACAUUGAGAAUUACCACAUACAGGACCUUUUGUGUGUAACACCUCGAGCUCCUGGUGUUGAAUGUGGUCUCUAAAGUCUACACAUUUCAAUCUAACCGAGGUUCUUUCCAAAACCAAACAAAAACCCAAGUUUGAUGUCAAAGAUCACCUGGUCAAAGGUCCUGUCAGAGCUGUUAUAGUUCCAGUUCAGUAUUUGGGUGAAGGUUGUAGUGGUAUGGCUGAUCAGUGUCGAUGCUCUGUAUGCAGUUAGGAAAACAUUUUUUUUUUAAAGUUGCACCAUAACUUGCGCACACGUUCACAAUCACGUAAACCAGGGGUGCCCAAACUUUUUUAGCUGAGGGGCACACACUGACUAAUCAAAGGACCCGGGGGGCCAUUUCGGUAGUUUUCACCUUCAAAACAGUACAGUAUAUCAAUUUGUUUCUAGUUAUCUACAAAAUGCUCUUUUGGUAGAAAUUUUUUGUGAAUGAUGAAUAGGCAAAACCGAACUAAAAUGCUAACAGCUAGCACACUGGCCCAGAUAGCAUAAAGUAACAAAAAAUAUAAGCAGAAUGAGCUAAAAAAAAACAAAAAAAAACGAGCAGGCUAACAGUACUACUGUAAAAGCCAGUAAAUUAGAAUAUUUUGAAAAACUUGAUUUAUUUCAGUAAUUGCAUUCAAAAGGUGUAACUUGUACAUUAUAUUUAUUCUUUGCACACAGACUGAUGCAUUCAAAUGUUUAUUUCAUUUAAUAUUGAUGAUUUGAAGUGGCAACAAAUGAAAAUCCAAAAUUCCGUGUGUCACAAAAUUAGAAUAUUACUUAAGGCUAAUACAAAAAAGGGAUUUUUAGAAAUGUUGGCCAACUGAAAAGUAUGAAAAUGAAAAAUAUGAGCAUGUACAAUACUCAAUACUUGGUUGGAGCUCUUUUUGCCUCAAUUACUGCGUUAAUGCGGCGUGGCAUGGAGUCGAUGAGUUUCUGGCACUGCUCAGGUGUUAUGAGAGCCCAGGUUGCUCUGAUAGUGGCCUUCAACUCUUCUGCGUUUUUGGGUCUGGCAUUCUGCAUCUUCCUUUUCACAAUACCCCACAGAUUUUCUAUGGGGCUAAGGUCAGGGGAGUUGGCGGGCCAAUUUAGAACAGAAAUACCAUGGUCCGUAAACCAGGCACGGGUAGAUUUUGCGCUGUGUGCAGGCGUCAAGUCCUGUUGGAACUUGAAAUCUCCAUCUCCAUAGAGCAGGUCAGCAGCAGGAAGCAUGAAGUGCUCUAAAACUUGCUGGUAGACGGCUGCGUUGACCCUGGAUCUCAGGAAACAGAGUGGACCGACACCAGCAGAUGACAUGGCACGGAAUUUUGGAUUUUCAUUUGUUGCCACUUCAAAUCAUCAAAAUUAAAUGAAAUAAACAUUUGAAUGCAUCAGUCUGUGUACAAUGAAUAAAUAUAAUGUACAAGUUACACCUUUUGAAUGCAAUUACUGAAAUAAAUCAAGUUUUUCAAAAUAUUCUAAUUUACUGGCUUUUACCUGUAUAUUAACAUGCUAACAAUAGCAUGCUUACUGUUAACAUUAGUGACAUACCAAAAUAUAUGACACUCAGGUGUAUACCUGCUAAAUUAGCUAACAAUCUAGCAUGCUAUAAUGUUAGCAUGUUAAAAUGCUAACUGUAACAUGCAUCAAGUACCAAAAUAUAUUACUCUGAAGUGUGUUCCUAAAAAAUUUUUUUUAAAUCCUAGUGUUCGCAUGUACCAAAUUAUGACUGAGGUGUAUGCCAACAAAAUUAGCUCAAAAAUAAAGCUAGCAUACUUACAUUAGCAUGUUAACAGGUAUCAUUCAUCAAGUAAUAAAGUUAUUUGACACUGAAGUGUAUACCUGCAAAAUUAGUAAAGAAAAAUUUGCAUGCUAAUGCUAGGAAGGUAAUGAAUGUGCCGCAGGCCGUUAAAAAAUGAGCAACGGGCCGCAAAUGGCCCCCGGGCCAGACUUUAGACACCCGUGGUGUAUUCUAAUACGUGUGAUUAAAGUGACUGAUGGAAUCGAGGCUUCCCAAACAAAAAGGAAAAAAUACACAGGACUCUUUCUUCUGACCUGGUCUACCAACUCACUCUGCUGGAGCUGUUCCAUUUUUUUUUGUUAAUUUCCCCUGAUCCACCUCCUUUUCAUACCUAAUUUUGUUGCCCAAAACAAAUGCAUUUUAUCAGCUUUGCACACAAACAGUUUGUCUCUCCUUACAGUGCAGAGUUAGCGGUGUAAUGCAAUGACUAUUCUUUGAUUGAAACUUUCACUGUACCAGUUGUUCAUCUUUGGACCUAAGAUAAUAUAUUAUUAAAAAAAAAAACAGGAGAGUUUUUACAAUUCCCCUUAAAGGUUGAAUGUGAGUCAAUAACCUAGUAAGCUUUGAAUAAAGUGUAUAUUGAAAUAUUUGGUCCUAAGUGUUGCAAGUCUACAUUACCUCAAAACAUUUACAGUUUGUACGAGAGAUGGUUUCACUCGUCUUGACCGAAGUAACCCUUCUCUGUGUUCUGUGUCCGUGUAUACUGUUGACUGCAUAUAUUGUGUACUCUCCUGUAGCUAUUACUUACUACGAAUGUAAGAACAUUGAGGUCAACGUUUGUGUGAUGAUUGUCUGUAAUUGUGAAUGCUCUGUUGGCGCAAAGAAAAAUCGUUUAGAAGCUCCAAAAUAAAUGAGAUAUCCUUUUG